AUGGAGCCUCGAAAACAAGAUCAAAGGCUUGUCCCAAAAACCUACUAUUAUCUCGACUAUAAAGAAUUUGUCGACGUCGUAAAAUGGAAGAUGUUCAAAAUGCAAACCAAUGUUCACGAGAAUCUAAAAACACAGUCUGAUAAUAGAGGAUACGUUUGCCCUCAAUGUGAAAAGCAGUUCGAUCCUUUUGCUGUAUUGUCACUAUUCGACCCAACAGAUCAAGCGUUCCACUGCGAUCAGUGUGAAACUUCCCUUGAGCAGAACGAUAAUGCAGAAACCAUGAAAAACAGUCAACAAGUAUUGACAAAGCUUCGGGAGCAAUCACAGCCCAUAAUCACCUUAUUAAAACAGACAGAUAAUAUUGUUAUUCCAUCGAGCUACAUCUACAAAGCUUCCAUGACUGGCAAGCAUAAACAUAAUAAAGAUGAUUAUGAAUUGGCCAUUGCUCAGGAUACCGGAGCUGGUCAAGGUGAUAUUAUCGUUGACUUACAAAUGGAUAAUGAGGCAGCUCGGCGUGCAAAAAUGGAAGAAGCUGAACAAAAAAGACAACAAAAUGCUCUACCGAUUUGGCAUCAGCAAUCUACUAUUUCCGGUACGCGUUUGGUGCCCGAUGCUUCUGAUAAGCCAGAUGACACUGAAGAUAUAGAGGACGAAGAUGCAGGCGCGACAUUUGAAGAUAUUGCACCAGAAAUAGAUGCAGACACAGAAGAUUAUUAUGCAAAAUAUUAUGAAAAUCUUAGUAACGGUGAGCCGACAAGCACUAGUGCUUAUGAUGCAUAUGAAAUUGGUAAUAAUGAUUCAAUAGCGGGAACAGGUGAGGAUGAGGAAGAGGACUUUGACGAAGAUGAUAUACCAAUGGUUUCUGUAAAUGGCAAAAUGAUACCGUUGAAUGAGGUGCAAGAAGAAGAUCAAAGGAAUAUGACAACCGAUGAAUAUAAGGCCUAUUACGAAGCUUGGGAACGCUGGCAAAAUAGUUAA